UAGGACGGCACAGCCCAGUCAGAUGCAUCCUGACUGGCGGGAAUGCUAGCGUCUCACUGCGCUGGACUGGGGAGUUGCAUCAUGAGGUGACCCGGUGUACACGAGAUUUUCCCCAGGUAUAAGUAUACCUCGGAGCAGGUCAUGAGAGAGGCAAACUGGAAAACUGCAUCGUUGGUAAAGAAGGUGCGUCACAAUGUUGUUCAGAGCACCUGUCUUUUUGGGACUAGCUGGGCCCGCUUUUGGUAGCGUCUUGGUCCGACGUCAGGCUUCUUCUCUGGAUAGCUGUCCUGGGUAUGCGGCGAGUAAUGUCCAGGAUGAUGGGGCCAGGGUUAUGGCAGAUUUAACCCUUGCUGAGCCACCGUGCAAUGUUUAUGGCGAGGAUUUGACGGACUUGAAGUUGGAGGUAGAGUAUCAGUCCGAAAGCCGCCUACACGUUAAGAUCUAUGAUGCGGAAGAGCAAAUCUACCAAGUCUCGGAAUCGGUCUUCCCAAGGCCAUCAAGCGAAGACGUCGACCCGUCGGAUUCCGCGCUUGCUUUCUCAUGGACAGAGAGCCCGUUUUCUUUCGCUGUGACGAGGAAGAGCACGAACGAGACGUUGUUUGAUUCUUCGGCUGCUAGUCUGGUAUUUGAAAGUCAGUAUCUGAGACUGAGGACGGGGCUGCCGGAUUCUCCGCAUCUCUAUGGGUUGGGAGAACAUACGGAUCCGUUUCAGUUGAAUACUACGAAUUAUACGAGGACGCUCUGGAAUCGAGAUGCCUACGGUACGCCUAACGGCACCAACCUAUAUGGCGAUCACCCCAUUUACUUCGACCACCGGGGCUCUUCUGGCACUCAUGGCGUCUUCUUGCUCAAUUCAAAUGGCAUGGACAUCAGGAUCGAUAACACUGACGGGCAGUAUCUGGAGUACAAUGCCCUUGGUGGAAUCAUAGAUCUAUACUUCCUUGCCGGGCCGACACCGAAAGACGUCAGCGUCCAAUAUGCAGAGGUUGCAGGCACGCCCGUUAUGCAGCCUUACUGGGGUUUUGGUUUCCAUCAGUGCAAGUAUGGCUACAGAGAUGUGUUCAUGGUCGCGGAAGUUGUGGCCAAUUAUUCGCAAGCGAAUAUUCCGCUGGAGACUAUGUGGACGGAUAUCGAUUACAUGGACCUUAGACGGGUCUUCACUCUCGAUCCGGAAAGGUUCCCACUCCACAUGGUCCGCGAGUUGGUCGACUACCUCCACGCUCACCAACAGCACUACGUCGUCAUGGUCGAUCCAGCCGUGGCGGCACUCGACUACGAAGCCUACAACAAUGGCGUCGAUCUCGACAUCUUUCAGAAGAAUCCAAACGGGUCGAUUUAUACUGGCGUGGUAUGGCCUGGUCCUACGGUUUUCCCUGAUUGGUUCCACCCAAGCACUCAGCAGUACUGGAACAAUGAGUUCCUUCAGUUCUUCGAUCCGGAGACAGGCGUUGAUAUCGAUGCGUUGUGGAUCGAUAUGAACGAACCAGCGAAUUUCUGUCCGUACCCUUGUGCGGAUCCCCAAGGCUUUGCCGAAGAGGCAGGAAAUCCACCCGAGCCGCCACCGGUCCGUAACAAUUCAGGCCGCAUUAUCCCCGGCUUUCCAGCCGACUUCCAGCCACCAGGGCAAUCGAAACGCUCUCUUCACGCACGGCACUCUGAUCGGGGAGACACUCCCACCGGCCUCCCCGGCCGAGAUCUCAUCAACCCGCAAUACGAGAUCCAUAACGCUGCUGGCUCAAUCAGCAACUUGACCCUUCCAACCGAUAUUCAGAACUAUGAUGGAACGCAUCAGUAUGAUACGCACAACCUUUACGGACUGAUGAUGUCGAUUGCUUCCAGGAACGCAUUGCUUGCUCGACGACCGAACAGGCGUCCUUUGAUCAUUACUCGGUCUACUUUCGCAGGGGCGGGUAGUCACGUAGGGAAGUGGCUUGGAGACAAUCUGUCUAUCUGGGACCAUUACCGUAUCAGCAUAGCCAACAUCCUCGAAUUUGCCGCGCUCUUCCAACUUCCCAUGGUCGGCGCCGACGUGUGCGGGUUUGGAAACAAUGCUACCGAACCUCUUUGCGCACGAUGGGCCACGCUCGGUGCCUUUUAUCCCUUCUACCGCAACCACGCUGGCCUCGACUCCAUUCAGCAAGAAUUUUACAUCUGGCCCACUGUCGCUGAAGCCGCUCGCAAUGCUAUCAGCGUCAGGUAUCGCUUGCUCGAUUACAUAUACACGCAUUUACACCGACAAUCUACUAGCGGGUUGCCUAUGCUCAAUCCUCUGUUCUUCCAUUAUCCCGAGGACGAGAAUGCGUUUGCUAUCCAGCAUCAGUUCUUCUACGGCGACGACGUCUUGGUCAGCCCAGUGACUGAGGAGAACGGAACAGAUGUCUCGAUUUACCUGCCGAACGAGAUCUUCUACGACUACUGGACGCAUGAGAGAAUCCAAGGGAGUGGGAGUUGGAUCCAGCUGACGGAUAUCCCGUUCACGUCCAUCCCGCUACACAUCCGCGGCGGCUCUAUCAUUCCUCUACGAGCCGAGUCAGCUAAUACCACAACGGAGCUCCGCAAGCAAGACUUCGUCAUCUGGAUCGCGCCGAAUGCUUCGAACCAGGCCGUCGGCUCGCUGUAUCUCGAUGAAGGUGAUGCACUUGUGCAGGACGCUACGUCGGAGAUAAACUUUAGCUACGAUAAUGGGCUGUUCAAGAUGACGGGCACUUUCGGCUACCAGACCGAUGCGGCGAUUAAGAAUAUUACUGUGUUGGGAGGGAACGCGUCCGGAAACGAGACGCAGCAGUAUGAACAGUCGAGCAGAGCGAGUGCGAUUCAAGGACCGAUUAGCUUGAAUGGGGAGUAUAGCCAUAGCUUCUAGCGUUAAGGCGGAAGAUGGCGUGGUUGUAGCGGUACAAGGCGGAUGUAAAUAGCCCCCUAGGAUUGGACAAAAAGUGAUUCGUUUUGAC